GCUGCUGCCGGGCUCUGUUAGCCGGGAGAGCUCUCCGGAGUUAAUAAGGCCAGGUAUUCCAUAGAUGCAGCAAUUCUGCAAACCUGACGUGUAGACUGGUUCUCAGAGUGCCAGGCUGUUGGCGAGCUUUUGUCUUGCCCCCUCCUCUUCCUUCUCCAGAAUCGACCUUCGGACAGGUUGUGGGGAAGGGAAGGAAGACUUCCCCCUCCUCUCCCAGGCAGACCCAGGAUAUCGCGGAGUCUCGGGAGAGGCGGUCCUUCUGAUGUUUGAGGAGACAGGCUUUGAGCCGAGGCUGGCGAUGAAGAGCGACAUCUCGACCUCUGCAGCCCCUCUUAAGGGGCUCGGGGCCCCCUUGCGGAGCAGCGAGCCCGCGCGCUUGGUCCCGGCAGCGUCUCCCUCAGUGCAUCUGCUGGAGGAGGCUGCCGACCUCCUGGUGGUGCACCUAGACUUCCGCGCGGCACUGGAGACCUGCGAGCGGGCCUGGCAGAGCCUGGCCAACGACUCCUUGGCAGAAGAGCCCGCGGUCACCUACUUGGAGGUGAAAUGUUCUCUGUGUAUUGUGGGGAUCCAGGCCCUGGCAGAAAUGGAUCGGUGGCGGGAAGUCCUCUCCUGGGUCCUUCAAUAUUACCAGGUCCCUGAAAAGCUACCCCCGAAAAUCCUGGAGCUGUGUAUUCUUUUAUACAGCAAAAUGCAAGAGCCUGGAGCAGUGCUGAAUGUGGUCUGUUCCUGGCUUCAAGACCCAGACAACCAGCGCCUUCCAGAAUAUGGAGCUUUGUGUGAACUCCACCUACAGCGGGUGCUGCUGCCUCUGGGCCGCUUUUUGGAGGCUGAAAAGCUUGUGAUGGGCUCUGCAGCCUUUGGUGAGGAGCAGCGACUAAAAGUGCUCCAGACCAUUCAUGCAGCGAGGCAACAGCAGAAACGGGAACAUUCAAGCUCCCAGGAGGUCCAGAAACUAAACCAGGAAGGCUCAUUUUCCCACAAGUUCCUGUCACUACUGAUGCUGCUUCGUCGGCUUUGGGACUGUGCUCUGAGCUACUUUCUUUCUCUAUCCUUCAAGAAGAGCCUCCUUGCCACAUUGAUCCUUUGUCUCUUGGUGGUAAGGUUUGAUCCAGCGUCUCCUUCUUCCCUGCCCUUCCUCUACCAGCUGGCUCAGCUCUUCCACCGGAUCCGGAAGGCCAUGUUUGCUCGCCUCUACCAGCUUCCCCUCCAUGACUGAGUAGUCUUCCACCUGCACCCUGGC